AUGCCCAUGUCUGCCCUCAGAAAGGUCACCCUAGAGCACGUUCGCAGCCUCAGCGGGGCCAAAGCCAGAGAUGUCCUGGCCACGCUGGUUGUCAACAUCAACGCGACCAGAACCACCGUCACAAACAGUCUCAUGGACGCACUGAAAAACCCGCUGCCAAUCGGAAACCUGGACCAUACAUCUCUGCGCUACGAAUCAACGGAGCUUGGCUUCCCAGACGCAAUUGAAAAGUUGGGAUGGACUCAGCCUGGCGAGGUGUCGAUGGAUGUCGUUGGGGUGGGAGAUGGUGGUGGUCUCGCGGACCAGGGGUCGGAUGCUGAGCGCGACAGUGAAAGGGGCAGCUCUGAGGCCGAGUUAGAGAAGAGCGAUUCUGGACUUGCCAUCAGACAAGAGAAGCGAAAGAAGGCUGUCAAGAAGUCACGAUCUGCUCUUGAUGGCGGGGAAAGCGAGAGCGACGACGCUAUUCUGACAACAAGGACGGCCAAGAAACCAGACAGGAGCGGUCCACGAGAGGUCGACACUCGCAAGCCAAAAAAGUCGAAAGGAAAACAUAACGAGGACGACGUCCAGCAGACGAAGAAGAAGAAGAAGGCAAAGAGAGGCAAGAGCAAGAAGGCAAAACAGAAAGCGAAGGUCGACAAUGCUACGGCUAUCGAUGCAGUGAAACUUGGAAAUGCUCCAACCAAGACCUACAGCGAACCCAAAGGAAAAGAAACGGCGCCACUAGGCGAUCCCUCGUCUAGUUGUGGCCACGAGAAGGGUGUGAGCUCAACAGGUGGAAGAUCGGCUAACGAACUGGCUUUCAUGAGAGCUGGCGAGUCUAGCCAAGACGCGGCAGCUUACCCUUUUCCGAACGGCUCCUUCAACAACCAGUCAGGAGGAUCACGCAAGCAUGGCAGAAAUGACAGUCAGGACGACACACCAAUGAGGCCUGAUAAAAAGGGAAGGCUUGCGGACGUCCAACAGACUGGUUGCCUACAACAGGCUCCUCCUGCGAGCUUCCAGAACCCAGAAAUGCAACUGCCUUUGCGGUCAAGAUCCCAUGGCGCCACUCCUAGUUUUCUUCGGCCUAUUCCGUCCAGCACGCGGCGUGGGUCGCAACGCAUUCUGAAAUUGAACCUCAAAAAAGACGCCAGCGCCAAGGAAACUAGUCCAGCGAUCAAGAUCGAGGAGGAAGACGAUGACAAUGAUGUCCAGAUGUUCUUGGAGCCCAUCACUCCUUUCAAAGCGACCCAGUCCUGCACCAGCCCAGAGCAGUCUUUCCGUGGUAGACAGAGGGCCGGUCUGGAGAAUGACGUGGCAUUCGUCAGCCCUGCUCGACUGCCUUACCUCGCCACGCCCUCGAAGAAUGCCGGCAGCCUACCGCAGACGCCUAUGGCCAAUUCUCACACUCCUCGCGCACAGCAGCCAGCCAGCAGGAUAUCCCAUCAGAAGAACAGUUCCAUUAAGCAACCUAACGAGAUCACGACGGGAGAACGCGAGUUCCGGUGCAAACACUGCUCUGUGUGGUAUAGAGAAAGCCAAAACACGGCAGGACUGUGCAGGAGCUGGCACACGGGAGAGGUUUAUGAGGAUCCAACCUUGCCUAAGGAACCGGGCCGGUGGAAAUGCUGUGGGAGGCGGGCCGUCUACAAGAACGGCAUUCCGCAUCGUCAUAUGAGAGGGUGCACUUUUCCACGCCAUGUGUGGGAUUCCACUGCUCCGAGAUACUCAACGACCCAGCUGAAAUGA